AUUGAGAGGUUGGUGAGUGUUAUAACCUUUCCCGUUGUUUACACCCUUCACCUCCCGUCACUGUACCAACCAACCAUCAAUAUAUAACCAUAAAGGGUGAGGGAGUCCUGCUCCCACUCGUAUAGCCUCCUGUAGUGGCGGAAAAGUGUAAUAGACGCAUCCUGUUUACUGCACGUGAGGCUGAGGGAUUGUUUACCUCUGGCGGCGACCACGUGUGUUAAGAUUUCAGGCUCAAGAAGGUACUCACUGAAGCCGGAUUUCCGCGUGCAGUACCGCAGCCUGGAGUAGCAAGACAAGAUGGUGCGGAUGAACGCGCUGGCAGACGCUCUGCGGAGCAUCAAUAAUGCCGAGAAGAGGGGCAAGCGUCAGGUUCUGAUCCGGCCGUGCUCCAAGGUGGUGGUGAAAUUCUUGUCUGUCAUGAUGAAGCAUGGCUACAUUGGAGAGUUUGAAAUUGUGGAUGACCACCGCGCAGGCAAGAUUGUGGUCAACCUCACAGGGCGGCUCAUCAAGUGUGGUGUCAUCUCGCCUCGUUUUGAUGUCAAGAUCAACGCUAUUGAGAAGUGGACCACUAAUCUCCUCCCCUCUAGGCAGUUUGGGUACAUUGUGCUGACCACCUCUGGCGGAAUCAUGGACCACGAGGAGGCCAAGAGGAAACACCUUGGAGGGAAGAUUCUUGGAUUCUUCUUCUAAAUAAAGUUAGGCAGUA